AAACUUCAUACCACACUCGUGGAUUUAUUUGCUUUUUCUCGUAUAGUUCAAAAUAGGCAUUUAAAUGUAUUCCUAAAAAUAUAUUUUACAAUUUAGUCGGAAGUAGUAGUUUAGUUUAGUAUAAUUUUUACGGAAAAACGUAUAUGCGACGUAGUUUUUUUAAAUAUCUUUUAUUUGUUCUUGAUUAUUCUCUUUCAAUGACUCUCGCGUAAUGAAAGUCAGAAGUAGAAUUCUUAAAAAGGUUUGAUGCAGCGUUUGCGUGCACUUAUAUAAUCAAAUGUACUGAUCUCAAAUAGAACAUGACAAUUGCAUGCUGAUACAGGCUUAGAAAAAUCGCGCUUUAUGCAAUGCUAUUUUUGCUGUAAUAUGUUUGCAAUAUUAUGUCUAUCAGACAUUUAUUGAAUGAAAAUCUAAAUAAAUAAGUUAAUAAGUCACGUAUGAUAGCUAAUAUUUAAUUUUUCGAAAUCAUCUCCUGUAAAAAUAUGAAAUGGAAACAUUAGAAAAAAUACAUUAUUUUAAAUAAUAAAGCAAAAAGAAAGUUAGGGGAGAAUUAUUACUUGUUUUAUGCAAAAAAAAGUUGUUAAAUGAGGCUCAUAUACUAAUCUACGGCUUCAACCGUGCUACGAUCGUAAAUUCACUGUCGGUUCACUAUCCUUCGUAAUAAAGAAUGAAAAUCCUAUAUCUGAGCGAUUAUUCGCAAGUAAAAGUUUGAGCCUCGAAACAGUGAUUUAUCCCUGUUAUAACUUUAGAUCAUAAGAAAUGCAUGCGUAUAUUAUGCUCGAUAUACCAUGUAAGGGUUGAUUCUCAUUAUACCGUUCGGCUUUAUACUACUUUCCUUGCUUAGCUUUGCGAGCGUGUAAACCGCGAAACUUAUUUCGUUUGAGCACGUUAGAAGGUCGUUUUAAUAAACGCAGCGCAACCUUUCGUCGUCCGUGCGCGUUCUACUAUGACCACAUCCUUAUAUAAGCCGAAGCGAACGAGGGUCGACUAUAGCGUGUAUGGUAGUGUCGAGCUGACUGCACAAAAGGAUGAGAAAAAUCUAUACGAAUCAUCCUCGGAAAGCUUCGCUUCUCGCAUAUCCCAUAUAAAAAGAGUUGCUAUUCCUACUUUUUGUUCGGAUGCGCAGUGUUAGGAAACCGCGAAAAAACAACAAACGAUCGGAAAAUGUUAUUCUGCAACUUCAUAAAUGACGUGGACUAUUCUGUUGUUGAACGAGACUUUGAUUUAUUGUUUGGUUGGCAAUAAAUAAUGUACUACAUGGUUUAGAAUAUAAUAUUAUUUUUCGCUACUAUAUCGAACUAAAAAAACAUUUUCCAUCUCCGUCCUAUGUAAAUAAAAUAUCAAUAUCGCUUCGAAAGAUUUUGCUAGCAGGCAUUUCAUAUCGUAGUGUUUGCCCUCGAUUUUCCCAAAAAACGGCCUGUCGAAUUUUCUUCUUCCCUUUUGGCAAUCGACUUAGAAUGAAAUAUUCGCCAUAGAGCUUAAUCCUUUCUCCAAUAUCCCUACGUAUAGGCGGGGUUGAAUUAUUGGAUAAUCCUAAAGAUUUUCUGUUUGUAGCUUGAUUAAUCAUUAAUAAUUUCAAACAUUAAAAAAUGUACACCUUUUACAACCGAUUGCGCGUUUGGAAAACGAAAAAAAACGUUAAUAGCUUUCCCCAGAUCGUUCGAAAGGUUUCACAGAUGAAAAUAUCAGCUUCAUACAGCAUGACUGAGCCUCAAAGCUACCACUAUAAAGGCUAGCAAAACCAGAAACAUCUAUGUAGACAAUACACGGUUGUGUUUCUGAGCUUUUUGUUUGAUUUCUCUUUCAUUCUCUCUUUGAUUUUUCUCUGAAUCGUCCAUGCAUCUUUUCUUCGAUUUCUGUCGUCCUCUAAUAACACAAGAGGGUCCAUUCUGUUGGAAUUUCGAAGUGUAACGAAUGAACGCUCGGCCAAAUCGUAUAAGGGUGCAUUUCGUUUUACCUCGCCAAUCUGGAGGCAUUUCGGAAUGCUUCGGUAUCAACAACGAAAUCCUUUAUCAAAGCUCGUUCAAUUUAAUAUUCGAAGUUUGUUUUACCGACAAUUAUUAUUAAAUACUAUAAGGAGAGUAUGUAACCUAGACGUCAGAUUCGCGUCCACUUGGACUACGGCGCUGAGAGCCUUGGGUGAUAAUGCCAUCGAUCCCCGAAUCGCUGUAUAUUCUACUGCUAUAAAAUCUGAUUUAAAUUUCAACUUAGCAACGUUUCAUUCUUUUAUUGUUUGUUCGAAAUAUUAAUCUCGCCGAAGAGAGCUCUUUCGCAUAACUCAGAACUCACGCACGAAAACUUCUACUCUUGAGUAGGAGGUGAUUCUCUCGCUCGCAGCUGUGAACAUGCCAGCCUGGCGGCACUGACGCCGUAAAUUCCACGAAAAUUCGUGUGUGCAACAAGCUGGCGCACAAGCCGCUACAGCCGCACAGCGCGCGAUAGAUUGGUAUAACUGUAUACACUUGCGUCUAUAUUACUCUUUGUGUAUAGGUACACGCACAUGUAUACGCACACCUGUUAUACUUGCGCGAACGGAAUGCUAUGAAAAAUUGCCCUCUCGACAGCCCUUCCGCGUAUCCCGGCUUUUUUGCGGUUAGGUUGAGCCGAUCAUUUUUGGAUCAAUUGCACGCGUUAUAAUUUCCGAGCGAGUUCUCAAUCUCUGAUACCUAGAAUCACACGAGUACUGAGUAAUCGACUUUACAUCGCUUAUCGUUCGAUUUAACCGAUCAUGAUGUGCACGUGGAUAUUUUAUUGGAAAUCUUUUACGCACUGAUGGGUUAUGAGAAUUCGAUAUACGAGCGAAUCCCGAAUUGUAUUGUAUACCUUUUCGAUACGUGUUUCGAGCAAAAAUCGAGCGGUAUGAAUUUGAUUGGUGCUUCCGUUGCGCGUACGUUAUAACGUUCAUUUUCGGUAUUCGAAUCGAACAAUCAUGAAAAUACGAUUUCAUUACGAAGCUAUCAACGAAUUUCUGAAAAAAACCACAAUUUUUCGAUAAUUACGUUAUCUACCGAUGGCAUCGUUUUAUGAAAAAAGUCUGAAGUAGGUCGUCAUAUUUCUCAAAAUACACUUCCGUUAUUAUUGUUCAUUAUCAUCGAAUGGAGAAUCGAAUAGCCAGAAUGUCGAUUUGAUAUAUAAUAGUGCGCUACGUGUUUGCCUUUUUGACAAUGGAGCUGGAAAAUAUAAGUAUUUUUCACGGGUGGCUAAGUGCGCGACCGCAGCGUUAUCGUAAAAAAUUGCUCGUCAUCGUUCGGUGAGUUCGAUUCGAUACGAUGUUCAUAAUACAGGAAAAUCACUCGCAACUUUGUUUUCGAAAUGCAAAACAUAACGAGAGGAAUAAAAGUGAGAGAGCUUGCGCGUAGUUCACUCGUCCUGCGACGACGUCAAUAUAAAUUUAUACAAAUUUACGAAAACGGAUAAGAGAUAAUCCAGCGAGGAUAGAUAGUGUCAGGGCCAGAGAGCAUAGGCAAUAAUCGUGCCGCGUCGAGCAACGCGGCUGAGAAAAACAGAGAAUGGGAGUGAGAACGAAUGGAGGCUUCGGCGUCAACGGUUUUCAUGUCAUUUUCGCGCUCUUGGCUGUUAUACGGCAAUGGCCUCGUGAAAUCCGGAUUUAUUUGAUCCCAUGAGCUGGCUGCCUGGCUGGCUGGCACAGGCGGCCGAGAGUAAAAAAAGUGUCUGCGAACGUGAGACGCAACGAGGAAAAGGAGGGAAAGCUCGCGCCACCGUGUGAGCGUGUAUGCGUGGGUGCCCUACGUGAGAAUUGACAUUCGUCACGAUAACGCGCUUCGAUUGCCAGAAAGAGGGAGAGAGAGAAAGAGAGAAACAGGAUAGGGAGCUGCGCUUCUGUCUUCCUUUUCUAUAUCGGUCUUUUAUACUCGCUCGUUCACUCGGGUGCAGAGAUAGGGAGAGAGGGCUAGCUUUGAUGCGUGUCCGCGAUGCAGCCGAUUGCCGGACGAGCGAUGGAUUUUUAUUGGCAAUUUGAAGAGAGGGAGAGAGAGAAAGAGAGCGAGAGAGAGCUUUCACUCGAGGCCUCGAACUUAUGGCACUGUUGAGAAUCGCAGUUGUACCGCGACUGUUGUUCCGGGGAUUAGGGGAGAUUUCGGGCCGAGAAUUAAAGUUCCGGCAGAGUGUCUAUCACUGCGCGCGCAGUAGUCUGCGGAGCAGCCGUAUAGCAGUUCGCUCCCCUAUUCGGAAGCUAUUUUCCGCAAAGGCGCUCGAAUUUAUGUUGAUCGAUAUGCGUCCUUCCACGUGUAAUUCCUAGGAAUUUACUUUUUACUGUUAUUCCUGGCAGCGCGCUCGAUCCCGGCAAAAGAUUUGUUCCUGGAAUCUUGAAUGAGAAUUAAGGAGAGUUUAAUGAGAUAAUUGCAAACAAAUGAUCAUUGUCGAGAGCUUUUUUACGAGAAAACGCGUCGCACCGCGUGAAUCCGGCUUUUCCUCCAAUUUAAAAUGCUCUGCAUUUUUCAGAGCUCUUGCUCGCGGCCUCGUUGUGUAAUUUUUCGCUUCUCUAGACUGCACGAAGUGUUGCGAAAUUUUUAAAAGACUGCCCUGCAGGGAGGAAAAAGGAAAACUAGAAGGUCUAAACGUCGAAGCUAAGACAGGAAAUUACGAGAAUCUUUACUUUACGAGGCUUUUCCAAGCUAGCGCAGUUUCAUGCGGCUGAUAUUGCCACGUGUAUUCUGUAGAUACUCACCGAAACAAAUUUCGAAACUUGUUCAGCUAGUCGGAGUUACAUUUUUGCAACUUGCACUACAUUUGAUGUUUUUACGAUCGCACACUAAAUACGCGAACUUGGUCUCGUCUUAUGCAAAAUAUAAUUAGCCGAAAGAGAGUGCUAACUCUACAUUAAACUCUUAAGUAUUUUAAGCCCAAUGAGGCGAGUUUCGCCCGGCUUAACGAGUCACGCGCGUUAAGCUUAUCCCGUUGGAUCUUCGCGCAUGCGCGUGCGAGUCGGCGCAGUUUUUGUACUUUUGCCAAAGUUCAAUGUCAUCUUAGUAAAACAAACGACUGUACCGUUAGCGUCCACAUUCUCUUUCUCUUCUUAUUUCUCAGACUUUUCUCUCACGCCACACGCACGACAUGAUUCUUUUUCCCCCCUGCCUUGUACCGUACAAAUUGGGUAGAGCUAAAGCUGCUCGCCCGCACAAAAAGACGGAUAAACGUACAAGCUCUCCGAGAGUUUCGUAAUUCACUUUGCUUUAUUACCGGGGAGUUCGCGCGCGCUCGGUCGGCAUUCACUGCUUUAGAGUCAUCGUUUUCCUGUUACCAUGAUAUUCGCAUCGAAGCGUCUUUUUCGGUGCACGUGUGGGUAAACGGCGUAUAACUUGAUAUACUCGAUUACCUUACACCGAAAUCGUCGAUUAAAAUCCGCUUUUAUAAACCACGAGAAUAUUCUGUACGGUAUUCUGGGUCGUUAUAUACUGAGGAACAGGUUACUUGGGGCACGUGGAAUAUUUAUUUGCAAAUUACCAAGUGCUGAAAUACUCGAGUGCAAUCACAUAUUUUUACUCGUCGGAUAUGUAAAAUGCCUGAAUGGGCAUGCAAAACAAGAAUUUAUUUCAAUUCAGAUAUACCAAGUGCUUUUAUAAAUAAAUUGAAACUUUCUCGCGAUAUUAAUUAGAAUAAAAGCAUCGUCGAGUCUUAUUUGCAUACAUGCAUUGAAAUAUCGGCGAGUGAAUAAGCAGGCAUCCUGAGUAAUGAAACGAGUCUAUUCAAUCAUCCAAAAAGAAAUUGCCAUCUUUUUAAAGCGCCAUCGCUGGUAUAAAUAAAAUCAAUAUAUGAGCCACCAGAACGAAAUUAAGGAAAAAGGAGGAUUUCCAAAAGUGAAAAGUGAACCCGUCCUUGGUUAACGAGGGUCUGUGGUGCCCGACUAUACCACCGACGAUCUAAUAAGAAGAAGCUUUCGGCUUCCGAGGGACUAAAUUAGCUCCAGCUGACAAUUGAAUUUAUCCUAUUUGCUAUUGUAAAUUAUAAAAUAUUUACGUCACUUAUACCAUUAUUAUUUACACAACAAUUAUAUUAAAGAAAUCGCACUCGAUAUACUCUUCGCAAGCGACGAAAUAAGCGUAGUAGUACAAUUAAUUCUGCUACACACCUGGGGUCUUCUUAUAUUUCAAGAGGUCAUUUUAAAUUCUACCUAAACCUACAUGCAGAAGUAUUUAACGAAGCUGCACCCGGGAGCCUGCAUUGGACGAAACAAUUAAAAGCGGCGAGUGUCAAUAGAAUUAGCAUUCUCGCAGCAGCUAUAAUUCAAUUUGAAAAAGACAUGAAAGAAUCUUGAGUUAGUUAAAAGUUUGCCCUGCGAACUGUGUCGCCUAAGAAGUUUGGCACGAAUAAAACUUUUCUGUGCUAUUCCCCGCUAUAAAGGAGUACGGAGCAUUAACGUGCCGUACCCGCAAUGUCAAAAUCUUCCGGGCGAAGUGUAUCGCACUUCGUUAUACCGAUAUAAUCAAUCUGCAAUUAUUUCAGUCAUUAAGAAUAAAUUGGACUGGCGCAUCAUCAAUUGAAAGGAAAGCCACGAUGCAUGUAGUUGCAAUCCUAUUGUUCGAUUCAUUAUUUCGAUAAUACCCUCGUAUGCAUUUGGUAGAUAAUAAGAUAAUACGAUGCAAUCUCCUUAUUCAAUCAUUCACUGCAUACACUCCACUGACUAAAAAUAAGGGUAUUUCAGACGAUUCAAAAGUUGUCGAUUAAGUCACGAAUCUUUCUCCCGCUCGGGCACUUUUAAUGAUAUAAUAAAAAGAAAAUUGAAGAGAUCACGAGAAGUGAAAAUUUUGAAAUGGUCACGUCCGUCGUAACGAUCCGAUCCGCUGGCAAGUAUCACUAUUUCGCGAUUGACGGCUGCAAUGAAAAAGUUUCUCAAGCUCGUUAAUCGGCGACAAUUAAAAACUUGAGUGUUAUACCUAUAUACGUGAAAGAAGAUCCGACCGAAUCGUGAAAACUCGAUGACCGAACUUUAAUGAAGAAAGGGGCGCUAAGAGGGAUACACACGCAAGCCGUCAUUAACUUACUGCGCGCGCGUGAAAGCAACUGAAAUGUUGGGACUGUUUAGAACUCUUGACGUUUGCUCGCAAUAGGGACAAUGGUAGCUCAGAAUGUGUUUUGGGCAACUGUCCAUGCUGUUAAUUGUCGGCCGUAUAUUGUAAGACCAGACGUCGGGACAAACAACUGUUAACGUAAAUUUUUAACUGGAUGCUUAUACGUAUGUACAUAUAUAGCCAAGGCUCGAGGCCAGCCAUAGAAAAGCUAAAUUUAGCUUCGACACACAGGCGCAAUAACUUUAUUGAUUCUAACGAAAUCUUAGCGAAAAUAAAAUUCAAAAUAUUUGUAUGAAAAUUCUAUUAUAUAGGCGUGAAAUAUUGAAAUCACUCGGUACUCUUGCAUUAUGCAAGCAUUAACACGCGAAUCAAAAUCAAGAGUAUUAUCGAUCUCAAAUAUGCAAAUAUCACAAUCUACGUUACAGGUCACUAUUUAUUUAUAUAACGCACAUUAUAAUCCCGUGGAGAGAUUAUUUGCACAUGUCAUACAUAGCGAAAUUAUAUUAACUACCAAAUGCAUCGAGUGUAUACGCGGCAUAAUUUGCCAACGCGUGAAAAUUGACUUUCAUAAAGCCUUCACGUCGCAAGCGUCAAAGCAAAUGAUUAAAUAGCGUGAACUGCUGGAACGAUAAUAUCAAAGCAACCUCUCGGCAACACCUCGGCAACUGAGAUCGUAACAUUGAAUCACGUGUGCAAAUGAUUGAACAAGCCCCCGAGUGCACGUAGACGUAUACGGCACACGUGUAUGCAGUAUUUCGAAGUAGAACCUUUUACCCUCUUGCAUAUAUAGUGGCGCGCUGGCAGCGGCAGCAGCAGCGGCAACAGUGACGGCGGCUAAUACUAACAGCAUGACGUGAGGGCUGCUCGAGGCGGCCGGCGACACGCGAGUUGAUCGAGGACGUGACAGGAGCGAGCGAUUAUGUGACUCGCGCGCGAUGAGGCUCAUGCUCAUCCUGCUGACGUUUCUCGGGGCGAGCAGCUGGUCCGAGUGCCGCAAGCGCCGCUCGAGUUACUAUUUCAAAGAGUCGGAGCUCGAGCAACAGCAGCAGCAGCAAUCCUAUCCGGGACACAAGCUGCGCCCGGAGAACCCUGAGACCCAUCAUCCGAUCAGGCACGGCGAGUGGCUGCAGUUUCGCGCGCUCGCCUCUUCCAAUGCAGUUGUCGCGAGCAGUCAGCUGCACGAUGCUUCCAGCCCUAUGAUUUGGCCGGUUAAACUCGAAGCGGUAGUCGAGGGCGACCUUGUGCUCGGCGGCCUCAUGAUGGUGCACGAGCGCGAGGAUUCUGUGACAUGUGGCCCCGUCAUGCCGCAGGGCGGCGUGCAAGCCCUGGAGGCGAUGCUCUAUACCCUCGAUAAGGUUAAUGAGGCUGAAAUCAUCCCCGGCGUCAAGAUCGGUGCCCACAUUCUCGACGACUGCGACAAGGACACCUAUGGCCUCGAGAUGGCUGUCGAUUUCAUCAAAGGUUCCAUAAGCAACAUCGACGGAGCCGAGUAUCACUGCAAUAAAACGGCUGUUAGAAAAGUAAUCAGUGGAGUUGUUGGCGCGGCGAGCUCUGUCACCUCCAUACAAGUGGCUAAUCUCCUCCGGCUCUUUCGUAUACCUCAGGUUUCCUUCUUCUCGACUAGCCCAGAACUUUCCAAUAAACAGCGCUUCGAAUAUUUCACCCGUACUAUACCGAGCGACCACUAUCAGGUUAAAGCGAUGGUCGAGAUUAUCAAGCAAAUGAACUGGACGUAUGUAUCGGUUAUAUACGAAGAGAGCAACUACGGUGUGAAGGCCUUUGAGGAACUGGAGAGUCUUCUGGCUAAAAAUGGAAUAUGUAUUGCCAUCAAAGAAAAGCUCGUGAAGGAUUCAGGUGUCGCUGACGAAAGCGUUUAUGAUUCCAUUGUACAAAAAUUAUUAACAAAACGCCGAGCGCGAGGCUGCAUUAUUUACGGCUCCGACCAGGAAGUCGCCGGCCUGAUGAAGGCAGUCAGGCGAGUAAACGCAACGGGCGCAUUUUCCUGGAUCGGAAGCGACGGCUGGAGCGCUCGGGGUCUGGUGAGCGACGGCAACGAGGCUGAAGUCGAGGGCACCUUGUCCGUUCAACCGCAGGCCAAUCCGGUCGAGGGCUUCGAGGAGUACUUCUUGAAUCUUACCGUCGAGAAUAAUAAGAGGAAUCCCUGGUUCGUUGAAUUCUGGGAGGAUCAUUUUAAGUGCCGAUAUCCUAACUCAUCGCUAACCCCGUACAAUAGUAAGUACGAAAACUUUUGCACGACGAAAGAACGUUUGAACAAAGGCGACAUGGCAUUUGAAAAUCAAUUGCAAUUCGUAUCUGACGCAGUAAUGGCGUUUGCAUACGCUUUCCGUGAUAUGCAUAACGAUCUUUGUCAUGGAAAAGUAGGAUUAUGCGACGAGAUGAAACCAACAAAAGGCGAAGAACUUUUGAAAUAUCUUCGGAAAGUAGAUUUUAAAGGUCUUAGCAGUGACAGAUUCAAGUUCGAUAAUAAUGGAGACGGGCCAGCGCGCUACAAUAUAAUUCACUUCAAGCAAACCUCAGCAGGCCAAUAUAAAUGGAUUCGCGUGGGACAGUAUCUGGAGGGGGUUCUACAUCUCAACAUGACUGAAGUCCAAUUCCGACUGGAACAUGCCCCACCGCCGGAGAGCGUAUGCUCGUUACCCUGCGAACUCGGCCAGGCGAAGAAAUACGUCGAAGGCGAGAGCUGCUGCUGGCAUUGCUUCAAUUGUACUCAAUAUCAGAUACGAAAACCAGACGACGAAACGCAGUGUAUUGAUUGCCCCGAAGGGACGGUUCCCGACGACACUCACUCAUUCUGUCGAGAUAUACCCGAGGAAUUUUUAAAGUUGGAAAGUGGUUGGGCGAUCGGUGCCAUGUCCUUCUCAUCGACAGGAAUAUUGGUGACAUUCUUCGUGGUCGGCGUUUUCCUCAAGCACAACGAUACGCCUGUCGUGAGAGCUUCUGGAAGAGAAUUAUCCUAUAUUUUAUUAACAGGCAUACUUCUUUGUUACUUAGUCACGUUCGCACUUGUUCUCCGGCCAACGGACAUUGUUUGCGGGAUUCAAAGGUUUGCCGCUGGCUUCUGCUUCACCGUUGUAUAUGCGGCCCUGCUCACGAAAACCAACCGGAUCUCCCGUAUUUUUCGCGCGGGCAAGCACAGCGCGAAGAGGCCGUCCUUCAUCUCGCCCCGAUCGCAGCUCAUUAUCUGCUCGAUGCUGGUCUUCGUUCAGAUCCUGAUAAACGGCGUCUGGAUGAUCAUUGACCCAGCCAAGGCCAUGCACCACUAUCCCACUCGGGAAGAUAAUCUCCUCGUCUGCAACAGUUACAUCGACGCUAGCUACAUGAUCGCAUUCACCUAUCCCAUCAUUCUUAUUAUUAUCUGCACCGUGUACGCAGUGCUCACCAGGAAAAUACCCGAGGCUUUCAACGAGAGCAAACACAUCGGUUUUACGAUGUAUACGACUUGCGUGAUCUGGCUAGCUUUUGUGCCACUAUACUUUGGAACAGGCAAUCACGUCGCCCUAAGAAUCACCUCGAUGUCUGUAACUAUCAGUCUGUCGGCUUCUGUGACCAUUGCUUGUCUCUUCAGCCCCAAGUUAUACAUCAUCUUGAUACGACCCGAGAGAAAUGUGCGGCAAAGCAUGAUGCCCAAUAGGCACAGCACAACAAAGAGUUCAGCGGUGACGGGCACGAAUGCAUCGAGCAUGAUGGCGCCAAUCACUCUGACUGCUGUAACAUGCGAUCAAAACAAAGCUGUACAGAAGCAUGUUACCACUACGAUGGAUUGCUCCACACAAAGCGAAUCAGACUACGAGAUGGCCGUACGAGAGUCACAGAAUGGCAAGCCAAAAGCUCCGCUUGUUUCGACGGCAACGCAAACUAAUAACAAUAACAACAAAACUGACUCUCUAUCAUCAAAAGAGACCUGCGCCAACGAGACUUCAGAGAAUACUGGAAAACUCUUGAAUAACUCAAAAGUAGGCAAUGGACCUUUAAAUCAAAACGAUGUAUCUUUAUAACACAAGAAACCAACUAUCGAAAGUACAAUCGAAAAUGCUUCUUAAGCAAGAAACUCUUUAAAAAGCACCAAUUACGUAUAAACAUAACAUAUGCGCUUCGUUAAACGAACAAUGUACAUGUGUUUUCAGUGAAAACUCUAAUUCUAAUUCAGGCAUCGUUUUUACGUUCACGUCAAGUUAUUUACACUUUUCAUUUAAACGUGGUUAGAAAAAAUUCGAAUUAUAAUGAGCAAAAAUAAAAUAAUGCUCAUAACUGAUCAAAACAAUAAGUGAUUUUAGAUUUAUUAAUCACUCUAUAGUGGCAAAAAAGCAUGCCAAUAUUUCGUACUGGUCGAAUAUACGUAAAAAAAAAAAAAUAUUGCAAAACUUGGUGUAUGGCUACGUAUGCAAAGAAUGUGCAAGUUAAUAUUAUGAGUUCUGCAAAUGAAAUCUGAUUGUAAAUAAAUCACAACAUAUUUAUAAACGAAAAAAACGGUUUGCAACAUUUUGUUAUAAAAUGUAGGAAAAUGAUGAUUUAAUAUUAUUCUAAAGUUUAUAAAUAGAUACUAUGUAUGGAUUCGUUAAGUUUUUAAAGUUUGAAAUUGUUCAAACAUGCACGUAUGUAUUUAUAAUGUUAAUACGUAAUUUGAUUCUUAAAGAUGAUUACAAUUUUCGUUACAUAUUCGUUAAAAUAAAUACAGAUGUAAUACUUCAUAGUAAUGGUCUAUUUAUACACUAUUUUCUAAUAUUUAAUGAGGGAGAGAAAGCAGUAUAUUUUUACUUUCACAUUAUCUAUUUCAAAUGAAUUAGUUUUCAAAAUUGUAUAAAACUCAUCUAUAUUUCAAAACUGCUAAAGGUAUUAAAUACUAUCUCCUUUAUAAAUUUUAUAAAAAGUUUGAUAAAAUAUUUAUUAAAGGGUUGACUGCACAUUAUAGUACUAAAUUAUUAUUUCUAUAAAGCAAACAUGUAAAUACUUGUGAAAUACUGCAAUAAUUGCGUUAACAAUUUAAAUCAAAUAAUGAAAGCUCACCAUCAUAAAUUUGAUAUAGAUAGACUAUUAUAGUUAUAAGAAGUUAUUAAUUAAAUAUAAAUGUUAAAUUUGAAUCUCUGGACGUCAAACAUCAAUUUUAAAUUCGAUUUUUAUUCAUACCAAAACUCUAACUGAUCAUUAUAUUUAAAGUAUAUUUUACAGUGAUAUUAUACAAUUUUUUAAAUACUCUUAACAACAACGAAAAUAAUGAUCUCCGUUCAAUGAUAUUCGAUAAUCAAAUAAAAAGAGUUGAAUAAAAAAUAAAAUGGCAAUGUUUCAAAGCAGGCCUAAUAAAAUAAAAAUAAGUGAACCAAACACGAGAAUUCGCAGAAAGUAAUAUGACUUUGUUAACUUUGGUUAUUUGUAUAAUAUUAUCUAUAGAACUUACUUCAUGCCAAGUUAACAAAGGUGUGUACUUUCUGUCAUUGUUAAAAUAUGAUUUAAAGUGAUAUUUUGUAAAUAGUACUUAAUAUUUACACUGUACAUAUAUACAAAUGUUUAAGUAUUUUUUAUGCAUUUGCUUAUAUACUACAAUACCCUAUGCAUUUAAGAAAUUAAGUAGAGUUUUGUAUUAUAUCGCACAUUUUAAUAUUAGCAAACCGUAAAUUUAAUGAUAAAAAUAUAUAGUUCGUAUAGUAAAAAAUGUAAUUUACUGUGAAAUCGAUAUAGUACUGUAGUUCGAAUAAAUUUUGGGAUGCUGCCUAAAUUAAAUAAUUUGCGUUUUGUAAAAAUUGUAUAUGUGGCGUAAAUCUACACGACACGAUAAUAUUAUAAAAUUUAAGCCUAUUAUGCCUAAUAUUAAUAAAACCUAAAAUAAAAUUACGUAUUAAUUGAUUGAAGAACUCGUAACAACUUGAAAAUAUUAUAAAUAUAUCAUGUGGAUGAAACAUGUUUACAUGUAUAAGUAUAAAUGUUAAAAUAGAAUCGUAGUUAAAGUAUCGAAUAUUUUUAAUUCAAAUUGAAUUUUCGUUGUAGAACAGUUUGUACUGAAUGAAUCUGCUUAUAUAUAAUCAUUCGAGUACUUUAUUGACCAUUACUAAUACAAAUUUUACUUUUUAUUAUGCGAACUGUACAAAUUAUUAAGAAGUUACAUGUUUAUUUAUAAAAAUCUUAUUACAUUGUUGCCUUUUACUAUAGUCAUCAACCAGAUUUGAAACUUGUUAGAUUUUGACUAAUAUAAUCUACAAUGUAUCUUCUGCCAUUGAUUCCUUUUUUUAACAGUUGUAUUGUAAUAAGGUCUCUCGAGUAGGUUUUGAAUAUAUUUGAGCCCAAUAUUCUGAACCUGCUGCGAUAACAAAAAAUACUGAUUCUUCAGAAUCGUUGAGACACCUUGACAACUCAUUACAAUAAUAUCUGUUUUGUGAUAAUUAUUAACAGCAAAGUGUAAAUAAAUUAUCAAACUAUAUAUUGUAUAAAGAGGAUCGAGAAAUCUACUGUAAAUAAUAUUAUAUUAUAAGCAUUAAUCUAACAAUUAAAAAAAUAACGCCAAAUCAUCAAUUACCAUAAUCUGUAUAACAUUUUAAUUGUUAUGCUAUAUAUUUGUUGUGCAAAAAUUAAAAAAAAAGGAAUUUUAUUUAUUCAUUUUGUAAUUACGUCGAUAAUGUAAACAAAAAUUAUAAAGUGUAAAUACUACAUUUUAAGAGGACUUUCACUUAAAUAUUGAUUACUAUUCUAAUACAAUUUAAGAAAACGACGAAUAUAUUAUUGUAAUAUGUGCAUUUACUAUACUCGCCAAACAUAUAAAUAAAUAGAGUUUAAAUGAAAAUAAUUUUAAAAUUAUCAAAAACACGGGUAUGUAAAAUUAUCGGUAGAUGUCAAAUUAUGUAAUAUAAUUUAUUUAAAAAGAUAUAUUUGUUUUGUCAAAUGAGUUGAAAUGAAAAAUAAAGCAUUUCAGUCAAUGUUAUAAGUUGUAUUUUUAUAAAUAUUUUUUAAUUUUGUAAUGCAAACAAAAGAUUUAUGUUAAGUUUUUUUUUAUCCACAAAAUUUAUAUAAUAAAAGGCCAAAUAGGUAAAUACUAAAAAGACGGUUAGUAUCGGUUAUUCUUCAAACUUUAAAACGUAUAACUCACGUUUAUAAUCACGUCAAUUUAUUAUAUAAUAAAAAAAUAGUAUAACACUUUAAUGAUAACA